CAAACAACAGACAAUUCGCAGACGUCCGGCCGCCCAACAGCUGACAGCGCUGAUGGCCGUCGAUACAAGGAAGUAACCACGACGAUACCGCGACGCCGCAGCCGCCAGGUUUACGUUGCACACUGCGGCAGCAAAGAUGAAGCUCUCGGGCGUCUUCGGGCUCCCAGCGCUGCUCGGUGCUGCGCUUGUCGCAUCCGCGUCCCUUGCCGGCGCCGAGCACACCAGCAAUUGGGCGGUGCUGGUGUGCACCUCGCGCUUUUGGUUCAACUACCGGCACCUGGCAAACGUGCUCUCCAUCUAUCGCACCGUCAAGCGCCUCGGCAUCCCCGACUCGCAGAUCAUCCUGAUGCUGCCCGACGACAUGGCCUGCAAUCCACGCAACGCCUUCCCCGGCACCGUCUACUCCAACGCCGACCGGGCUGUCGACCUCUACGGCGACAAUAUCGAGGUCGACUACAGGGGGUACGAGGUGACGGUGGAGAACUUCAUCCGGCUGCUGACCGAUCGCGUCGGGGACGAGAUGCCGCGCAGCAAGAGGCUGCUGACGGACGACCGCAGCAACAUCUUGGUCUACAUGACGGGGCACGGCGGAAACGAGUUCCUGAAGUUCCAGGAUGCCGAGGAGAUUGGCGCGUUCGAUCUGGCCGACGCCUUUGAGCAGAUGUGGGAGAAAAAGAGAUACAACGAGAUCCUCUUCAUGAUCGACACGUGCCAGGCCAACACCAUGUACAGCAAGCUGUACUCGCCCAACAUUAUCGCCACGGGCUCCUCCGAGCUCGACCAGUCGUCGUACUCGCACCACGCCGACAACGACAUCGGCGUCGCCGUGAUCGACCGGUACACGUACUACAACCUCGAGUUCCUCGAGACCGAAGUGCGCGACACGAGCAGCAAAAAGACGCUCGGCGACCUGUUCGACAGCUACACGUUCGAGAAGAUCCACUCGCACGCGGGCGUGCGCUACGACCUGUUCCGGGGGGGCGCCGAGGCCGCGCGCAAGCGGCUGGUCACGGAUUUCUUUGGCAACGUACAGAACGUCGAGGUGGACGGGGCCAAGAACAUCACGGCCCUGGAGGAGGAGCUCCUCUCGCUCAGCAGGACCAUCGCGGCGCUGCACCGGAAAGCGGACGAACAGGAGGCCGCUUCACAGAAGAACGCGACCGAAAAGGCCGAGGAGAACAGGGUGGUGGUGGUGCAGAAGAAGGCGCAGCUUGCGAAGCCGCUGACGGACGAGAACUGGUGGGCCAAGAAGGCCCUGGGACUUGCUGCCGUGGCGGGGUGCACGCUAUUAUGGGGGCUAAGUUCGUAUCUAGAAGGGCCCGGGAGGUGAAAGCGAGCUGGUAGUUGACCGGUUCUCGUUUCUCACUCCCAUGUCGACUGCGUGUAAUGUGGCCAGUAUACCGAUGGCUCAACCUCUGCCCACGUCGUAUCCCAUACCCCGUUGUUCUAGCGCUGGAAGGGUUAGGGUUCACUGUGCCGUUCCACAUCAAAUGCUCAACAGCUGCAAUUGCAGUGUGGAGCUGCUUUCUCUUCAAACACAGCAAUCUCUCUUGCCUUCGACACGCUCUCACACAAACAGCCGAGCAUUCCUCACAUUUCUGUCACGAAGAUGCGCAGCCUCCAAUAUCAUAGACUUGACACCACG